AUGGCCAAGGGUGGCGCAGCUGCGAUGCACACCAUCUGCCCGAUAGAGAUUCUCGCCAAUGGAGACAAGGCCAUCUCGGAGUCAACUGGGUCCAUCAUGAUACGCUUCGAGCACAAAGACGUGCAGUUUGACUGCACUUCCUAUACGCGAUUCGUCUCUCGCUUCGAGCGCGUCGACGCAGAGUGGAAGCUCCUGACGCUGGAAGCCAUCUACGACAGGGACACCAUCACUCCUGUACAUCCGGGAACCCCAGAAGCGGUCUUCCAUUUGGACGAACACCCUAGACCAAGUUAUAAGUGCAUUUCAUGGGUUCUCGCCCAGGCGGGCUUUACCAUUGACCCAGAUCUUCCGGGAUCCGACGUUGCCGGCUCGGCAGAGGCGCUGACAGGGUCGAAUCUCGCGUGGCUUGAGGGCUGA